CCAAAAAAUACCAGCAGAAAAAUUAAGCAAAAUAUUUAGAAAAAAAGCAAAGAAAAUUUGUUGCUGAAUUAAAAGUUUAAAAAAGAAAAAUUGAAAGAAAGUCAAAGGAUAUUGCAAAAAUAUCCUGUGUAAAAAAAGUUGUGUUUAAAAGAAAUUUUGGAAAAUUCCUGGAAAAGAGGAGGCCUGGUCUAGCCGCUCAAAAUGUUAAUACGCUGGAAAAGCAAAGAUAAAAGUUCAGCGAACUCUUCAAAUGCCAACAGUUCGGGUGGUGGCAGUGGCGGAGGUGCUGGCAACAGUGGUGGUGGAGGUGGCAGCAGCAGUACCUCCAGUGGCAGCAGCUCCAAAAAGAAACGCAAAGGACGUGAGGGCGAUCCUCGCCGUCAUACCUUAGGUGGCGACAUGCUAUCCUAUGUCAAUCAACAGAAUCAACAACAGACCCUGAAAGCCAUGGACUUGGAGAUGAACUCCCAGAUGAACUCUCGCAUGCAGAAAAGUAAAAAGGCCCAACCCUUUCGCGGCUACACACCCAUCAACCAGGGACCCCUGUUCGAUGACGAUCCUGGCAUCAUGUCUGAGGUGGAAACGGCCAGUACUGGGUUCAGACGUGGCGGUAAGCAACGUUCUUCGUUACCCGUUGUGCGUACACCUUCGAAAACCUUAGAAAGACCUCUAGGUUUGGUAUUUCUGCAAUACCGAUCGGAGACAAAAAUGGCAGUGUUGCCAAAUGAAAUAACAUCCAUUGAUACGGUGAGGGCAUUGUUUGUGCGUUCCUUUCCCCGGCAACUGACCAUGGCAUAUUUGGAGGGGCCAAAUGUCAAGAUUUAUAUACACGAUGCCAGCAAGGAUAUGUUCUAUGAGCUGGAGGAUGUGAGGUCGCAUUUGAGAGAGAUACGAGAUCGUUCAGUGUUAAGGUUGUUUGAGUCAACGGAAGUGGCAGCACCGCCGCAAAUGUUGCCAGGAGGACCGGGUAUACCCCAACCACUGCCACAGCCAAAUCCACCCCACUGGGAUCAGGAUCAGAGUUACUUCAGUGAACCGGAAUUCGAUUCGGAAUACAAAAACCAACACAUACACAAAUCCAAGAUUGGCAAACAGGCCCCCUAUUAUGUGGGUGCCUCACAAACGCUGCCACGUGGGAUGUACACAGAUCGCAACAAGGUGGCCAUGGGAACGCCAUUGAAACCUUUAAGAACGCCCAACUCCAGGGGUAGCAUGGAACCCUUGUUUCCUUAUCCCCCGGAUCAGUUAUACAGUAUACCAGAUGGCUAUACCAGUUCCCCGGAACGUUCAACGCGUGGCAAUUAUGAAGAACCUUCGUAUUAUCAAUAUGGAACAAGGGGUACGGUGAUAGCACCCAUUAUUGAUGAGGAACAAACGGAAGUAACCAUGACUGAAGACCAAUAUGCCCUGUAUGGCAUUAAAAUGGGCCCCGCUGGCCGUAUACCCCGCAACAAUCAGAUGUAUGAUCCGACAAGGCCAGAAGACCUGCAUCGCUUUCGCGUCGAACACAUGGAACGACAGCUGGCCAAUUUGACAGGGCUGGUGCAAAAAGCGUUGGUAAAUCAAAAUCCACAAAUAGCUCCCAUACCAGUGCCAACAUUGGACCCCAACUAUUUGGUAGUACCCACACCAUGCCAUGUUAAUGGUGCCGGAGAUGAUCAGUAUGUCCGGGAAAAGGCUCCCAAACUGGGUAAGAAUGCCUGUGGCAAAUCGGUAUCGUUUGAGAAGAGCGUCUCAUUUAGCGAUGACAUACAGGGUAUUCCAAAAUCACAUAGUCCUCAACAUGCUGCUGAUACCAAGCCCACAAAACCAGCCAUAAAAUCCUCCACUUUGCCAAGAACCUCAUCACAAGAACGAGAUCGCCUUAAACCGCCACCACCUCCCAAACCCAUGGUAUUGGCCCAAACCGCCCACAAUAAUUAUCGUGCCGAUAUUGCCCUGGCCCCGGAGGUCUAUAAUCAUUUGAGGGGCCUGCAAAAGAAGGCAAAAGAUUUGCGUACCGAGGUCAGGACCCUGCGACGUCUGUCCCAGGCCCAGGCAGUGGCCGUAAGGGAAGACAUCAAAAGUACAUUUAUGCGUAUUCGAGCCACCCUCCUGGCCAGCAGCGGUAGCAUAUGGGGUCAUCAGGAUCAGGAUGCCACACGGAUAUCACGCGAGGAGGAGCUGUACAAGCAGGAAGUUAUACGUCUGGAAAAGGAUUUAAGUGAUCUGGAGUCAUCGGUGGAAAGUCUAAGGGGAGAGGUCAUAAAUCGUAGGACAAGAGUCAAUAUGACGGCCGUGGAAGAUAUGGCUUUGGUGCUGAGCAGAGCAAGUAAAACCGUUGCCGAAUUGAAAAUGAAAUUCCCCGCUUUGUCCAAUGGCCUGCGCUGCAUUUUAUCGAAUGAAAUGGAAAAAGUCGUCAGAGAAGAAAAGUUCCUAAAAGAAGAACCCGAUCGCUUGGAAUCGGCCUUGAGAAGAUGCAAAAAGUUAACUGGUACUUUGGUGACAUUGAAGAGAUUGGCCAGUGUCCAGGAACAACGUUUGCCACCCACUGAGCCGCCAAUCAAUGAAGAUCCUCCCCGUUCUGCUGAUGUUCCCGUGCCCGAUAAGCCAAUCCCACAACCCAGGAUGGGGACGUUCGCUGUCGGCGGGGGAGCCCCACCAGAAAACGCACUCGAUGCUUUGUUAGAUGAAUUGAAGACAUUUUCAAAGCCCCUAAUAGCCAAUAAUGAGAACCGACCCGAUGAUUCCACUUCCGAUGACAGUACCCCCCUGGUACAAAGCACUGUUACCACACAAAUCUCCCAGGCCCAUUUGUAUAAUCAAAACGAAGCCAAUCUGGCCAAUUGCAUUAACGAACUAACGGCCAACAACAAUGUGGCGGCCAACUCAUCACCCAAUGCCAGCAACAAACCCAUUGCAGUUCCCCUCAUAACCGCCUCCAAUGUCUCCAGUCUAAGGCGUUUGCAUUCAAUGCCCACCCAGUGUGAGGGUGACAUCAUACCCAUACCCAUAAUGCGUACCGCCGUGGCCAAGCCACCGGUACCCGAACGCAAUGCCGAAUUGAUCAUGAAGGUGGGCAAACGUAUACCGCCGCCACCACCACCACGCACCAGUUCCCGUAGUCCCCUGGCCAGUCCCACAAGUCCAAAUGUACCACAAAUUAUGCCGACGGUUAGUGAAACGGAGGUGAAGGAUGGCGCCGUUCCCACUGUGACGGUGGCCUCGUCGGCUGCGGCCGCCGCCGCAGUUGACAGUGGUGGCGAAACGUCAAGCGGCAACGAAUCUGGCAACGACAGUAUGCAACGUCAAGUAGCCUUGGAAAUGCGCCACCAAGAGUUACUGAAAAAACAAAAGGUCCUACAGGAGCAGUAUCAACGUCUCCAGCAGAUGAGUAAAAUGCCCUCGGUCGACAUAGCCUCGGCAACGGCGGCAGCAGCAGCAGCGGCAGCCACUGGACCGGUGCCAUUGCAAAAAAUGGGCAGUGAAUCGAAUAUUCAGCAGAAAAUAAGUUUGACCCUAACCCCGGCAGCUGGUGAUAAUGGCAACGGCGCAGUCACGGCAGGUGCAGGCAAUGGUCCCGCUUCCUUGGUGGCCAGUGAAAAAAUUGUUUUGAAUCGUGCCAAUUCCACAAAUGGUGGCACCACUGGACCCUUGGCGAAUGCCGGCAACUCUACCACCACCACCACAACCAAACAGGUCUAUGAAACGGAAAUACUUUAACAUAAAGCAAAACUGACCUGGAACGAAACAGCCAUAGAUAUCUGAAGGAAUGAAUGGACGCAGAAGAAACGAACGAAUGAUAGAAUCAAACGAAAUCGAACGAAUUGUCAAAGGGAAUCGAAAAUUUAUAAAAAAAAAUAAAUAAAAAAACAAUUCCAUUACCGAUAAGAUCCCCCGCUCCCGCACACAAAAGUGGAACUCCUCCCCUCAGGGGAAUUACGACAACGGACUUUCUUAAGUAAAGAUUAAAAAUUCAUAAAAAAAAAUUAAAAAAUAAAUCACUAAUUUAUGAGUUCUCAUAAUUGAUUUGAGAAUAAUUUUUUUAUUCAUU